AUGCCACAAGAUAGCACAAAGAUUUCAGAUAGCAUCAAAAUUCCAGACGAGUUUGUUAAGUUACUGAUACUUAGCCAGGCACAUCUCGGAGGGACCUCUACAAACAAGAACUUUUCUAGGUACAUGUAUGGAACAAGGUCUCAGGACAAGAUUAGUAUUAUUGACAUCAAUGCAAUGUGGGAGAAGCUUAUUAUUGCUGCAAGGGCCUUCUGCGGAAUAAAACACCCUUCCAGUAUUGCUGUUGUGUCUACAAAGACAUUUGGGAGAAAACCAGUUGUUAAGUUUUGUGAGGCUGUUGGGGCAACACCAAUAACAGGAAGGUUUAUUCCCGGAUCGUUUACAAAUUCUGAGGUAAGAAGGGUAUACGACCCAAGGCUUCUCAUUGUUUCUGACACAUAUGCGGACAAACAGGCAAUUCUGGAAUCACAAUAUUGCAAUCUUCCUACAAUUGCAUUUGUCAAUGCAGACAAUUCCCUGAUAGGUGUGGACAUAGCAAUUCCCAUGAACAACAGGUCUCCAUCAGCAAUUGCUGCAGGGUUUUUCAUUCUGUCUAGACUAAUCAAUUACAUGAAGACUGGAGCUGAGCUUGUUCGAGACAUGAAAGAAGUUGAGCUUUUCUUGUUUAGAGAUAGUGUUGAGCUUGAACAGCUUGUUGAGGAGCAGCUCCUAGAGUCAACAAACAACAUCCUUAAUGUUGGAAAGGAAGAAGUUUUAAGUGGUAUAGCUGGAGGAAAUACCGAAGAAUGGAAUGGCUUCUAA